AUGAUGCGGUGCGGCUUCUUCACGCCGCCCGUGGCCGGCGCGCUCUUGCGGGCCGCCUUGGUGGCCAGCUGCUUCCUCGGGCCUUGCCACCGGUCGACUUGCGGGCGGUUGCUUUGUGCGGGCCAUAGCGAAACAGAACGCGAGCUCACCGACGCCGCGGCAGGGGCAGAAACGGAAUCCCGGCGGCGGCAAGCAGUCUUUAUAGGCACAGUCUUUUGCCCGAUUGGGCGGGACGCGCGCCUGCGGGAGAUCCGGCGCUACCAGAAGUCCACCGAGCUGCUGAUCCGCAAGCUGCCCUUCCAGCGGCUGGUGCGCGAGAUCGCGCAGGACUUCAAGACGGACCUGCGCUUCCAGAGCUCGGCCGUGAUGGCGCUGCAGGAGGCGAGCGAGGCCUACCUGGUGGGGUUGUUCGAAGACACGAACCUGUGUGCCAUCCACGCCAAGCGAGUGACCAUCAUGCCCAAGGACAUCCAGCUGGCCCGCCGCAUCCGCGGGGAGCGGGCUUAAGAAACGCGCGCUCGGCUCUAGGUUCCAUCACAUCCAAAGGCUCUUUUCAGAGCCACCCACAGCAGCACUCGGAAGGAGCUGUAUCGCUUGCCCUCCGUGCUCUUCCCUCCGGCCCUAGAACGGGGAAAGCGUUAACUAGUCAGCCUCCGGGUGAAGUGUUGGAGGUCAGGUAUCGGUCCAGUCCCUUCCUGCGGUGCCAUUUCGGGCUGUAACGGAGUUCGGUCAGCUUGCUUGUGUGGGCCGGCGAGGUUGCCGCUGCGUCCUUGCGCGCGGCCGGGACACGCAGGUUUGCACCUCUGGACGGCCGCUGGCCCUCCCACAGCGGCCGGCCUGAGGCGUCUAAUUCUAGGCGACGGCGGCGCAGAAUUGGUAU